AUGAAUCUCGCAACUACUAUUCAACUAUAUGACUCAAAUAUAAUUGAUGAUGUGCAAUUAUGGUCAGAUACCCUGAAUUUUACUCAAGAGUUGACUCAAAUAUUUACUUCAAAUCUAUCAGUGCAUAAAGUUGGAAAUUACAUAAACUAUACCCGGUUACCGAUAUUCCUUUUUUAUGGUCAUCAUCGAUUAUGUAUAUAUUCCAGCAAUAAUUCCACUAAUGAUUAUUUUAAGAAUCACUUGGUAAAAGUAUCAUUAACUAAUCCAGAUUCCCAUUUGGGACUAUUAUUCAAGGUCACUAAUGAUACAUAUUUGGUAUUCUAUUUCGACUUUGAAUCCAAAACUAUCAGGGCCAUGAUGUUGAAUUUCACAUGCUUAAAUCAAUUAGAUGAUUUGGAUGACCUUGCGUCUCUGCCAGUUAAUUCAAUUUUAAGCUUUUCCAAAGAAAAGACCCCGUCAAUAUCAGCCACCACGGAGGUGUCGAGACAAAUCUUCGAUAAAGUACUUGAGAAGAAGAAGCAGCGUCAGAAUCCAUUUUUAGUACCCACUCCUCCAUCUCAAGAGAAUAACUCACUGGUUCUCACUACCCAAGAUCAAAUUAAUAGUGCGGUCAACAAGGUCAUUUUAUCUGGAUUAAGAAUACGAGGGCUUUCGGCAAAUCUUUGUGCUACAGCUAAUGAAAAAUUGGCAAUCAAAGAGAUACAUCAAAUGACAUACAAGGCAACUCUUUUCUCACUUCGUAAAUAUAAUUACAGUUUCCAUAAGAAGUCAGCAAACAAUAAAUCGAUACGAUUGAAUGAUAUACAAGUUAUAGUUGAAGGUCUCUUACAGGUAUUUGUAGAUAUAGAUAAUUAA